AACGUUAUGCAUCCGAAAGCUGGGUAGCAUAAGGAAAGGUAGGUGGCUGCAUCCAGAAUUUAGGAUACAAGGAGACGUGGGCCACAGAAACCAUUAAAGCAAGUGCUGCAGCUCAGACCAAUAUUGGAGGUAUUCUGCAUGGUGGCUGUUGCCUUCAGCUUUGCUGAGAAGAGGUGAUUUGAAGAGACAAUAGGGCGGCGUUUUUGACAAGCCGCAGCUCCAUGAAAAUGGAAUCAUGAGUAACCAGGGAAAUGGAACAGAUGCUGUACAAACGCACCAUGGGUUUAAUCAGGCGCGGCGCAUCACUAAAAAGGGCAGGUCCUGCUUCUGUGCAUUUAUUGGUGCUGCUUCUAUUCAUGAGCGUCACCUCCGCGCAUACCACCCCGCAAGAUGCUUCAAACUCAAAGAGGAGCACCGGGAGCAGCGCCUCGGGGGAUGCGGCAAGCGCAGAGUAUGCAUUAUUUGAAGCGAGGCCCUUGCAAAUGCCGGCUGAUGCUGCAGAUCAGUCAGUGGGAGGGGUGCAGAGCAGUCCCAGCAACGUGGCUUCUUCCCAUGAACCACAUGCGGUUGGUCAAUUGACACAGCUUGAUAGUCUCCAGGUUUUCAGCAACAUUACUGAAGACACAGUGUCAGCCAUAGCAAACGUAACCCUUGCGCCAAUUGAAGCUCAGAUGCUCAACAACAGCACUUUUUCCAGCUUGAAUGAAUCCGCGCAGCAAUUCCUGAGAAAUCACAGUGUGACCCUGGGUAACCUAACCAGCAUUAACCUAACCGUAGACAACCUCGGGCUGAGGAAUUUGACCAAGUUUGCGCCACCAUCAUGGGAUGUGUUGAACGCCACCACCAGCAAUUUGAGAAUGAUCUACCAUUCCUACAUUGAUGCGCUUGGCAAGAUGGACUGCAUAGGGAAUGCGGAGCUGGAUGUGGAGCUCACGUACACAGGCGUGCCCCGCAGUGAUACAAACGCCAUCGUCUCCUCGUGCGAGCAGAAUGGCCUCCUGCACCAGCGGCUCUGCACCAAGGCCGAAGUAAUACUCUACCUACGAACCCUGGGCCAGUUCCCAGUCGGCCCCACCAAGAACUGCCAGGAAUACCCCGGCCGCCGCCUCAAAGGCUGCUACCCCGGUUAUGCAAGCUUCACCGUACAAGACCCCUCCCCAAUGGACUUUCACCAGGAGAGAGAAGUUCCUUGGAGAACAGAUCGUGACCGUCCGAUUGAUCAGCUGGCGUGCUGCCCGGGGUUCUUCUGCCCCGAGGGGCUGGCGUGCAUGAUCCCGUGUCCUCGGGGCUCGUUCUGCCCGACCGCCUUUCUCUCCAAGGGCGCGUACAGUCUUUGCGAACCGUACAAGUACCACGCCUACGAGGGCACCUGCGGCGGGGCCGACGUUUGGGGCGUCGCUGUGUCGCACGAUCACGACAAGAUCUUCUGCUGGGACGGGUACUACUGCCCAACGAUGACGGACUGGCCGGUCCCUUGCCCUCCGGGGCACUACUGCCCAAGAGGCUCCCAGGCGCCUAAGAAGUGCGGACUUCUCCAGACCUGUGGUCCCAACAGCAGCGACGUCCACGCAAAGCACUUUGUGAUGGGACUGACUGCGGGUGGUAUGGUCCUUUUCUAUGCCAUCCUGAAGGGGAUCGAUGACAUUUGGCGGUGCAAAAUCGACCAUCUAAGCCGGCCCGAAGGUCUUUCCAAGGCGAAGUCCCUCCUCCGCCGCGCCGUCUCUCUGAUGACCUUCAAGGAACGGUGGAGGUCAGGCGUUCCGCCGGAAUCCAAGUCGGGGAACGGAGUCCGCGAGAUUAGGGAUUCGAACGGCACCAACCCUCGGACAAGCAGUCGGCUCUCAACGGACGAAGACAUGCGCGCAAGCGUCGGAAACGCGCUGCAAGCGGAGGGUUUGGAGGGUUUUGCGGGAGAUUCGCGGCCGCGAGAAGUGCUUAUGCCGGCCGACGGCGAGAAAGCGGCGGAGGGUUUAGAGAGGGUUUCCAAGGCGGGCGGCGUCAAACGGCGCACCAGCGUUAGCGUCCCCGAAAGCGCGCUGGCGUCUGAGCAGAUCCGGACGUACAGCGACGUCCGAAAGAGCUGGGCAUCGGACGGCGACGGGGAGUCGCAGCAGCUUUUAAUGGCGGGGGGUGAGCCGGAAAAAGGGGCUUUGGGCGACCUGCUUGGGGAAACAGAGGGGGCGUUGUCGCCGGGGGAGGUGUUCUGGAAGGGGCAGCCACGGGUAGAGGUAGAGUUCUUGGACCUGACUAUGGUUCUGCCCGGGGGAAGAGAAGUGAUGGCCGGGGUGAGCGGGAAGAUGCGCUCGGGGCGCCUGACCGCCAUUAUGGGGCCGUCUGGUGCCGGCAAGUCGCUUCUGCUUCACGCUCUGGCAGGGAAAGAGACGCACUGCCGGAUGCGCGGGACGAUCGAGAUCAACGGCCGAAAACAUACUCGCAGUUUGCGGAAGAUCCUGGGGUUCGUUCCGCAAGAUGACGUGGUCCACGGGAGCCUUACCGUCGAAGAGAACAUCUGGUUCAGCGCCAGCUACAGGCUCCCAGCCCACGCAUCCCGCCAGCAAAGGAGCGAGAUCGUGGAGCACGUGUUGCGCACGCUGGGCCUUCAAGGGGUGCGCCACUCGUUGGUGGGCAGCGUCGAGCGGCGCGGAGUGAGCGGCGGCCAGCGGAAGCGGGUCAGCGUGGGGCUGGAAAUGGUGGCGCAGCCGAGUCUUCUUCUACUGGACGAGCCUACGUCCGGGUUGGACAGCGUAUCGUCGCUUCAGAUGUUGCACGCGUUGAAAAAGGAGGCAAAGAAGGGGUUGAAUGCAGCGGCAGUCAUCCACCAACCGAGUUACGAGCUUCUGAGUCUGUUCGACGACGUUUUGCUGCUGAACAAGGGCCUGGUGUACCUUGGACCGAUGCCGGAAGUGGAACCCUACUUUGACGGGCUUGGCUUUCCUGUUCCGCACCGCAUGAACCCGGCAGACCACUUCAUGAACGUCAUGUCCGAUCUUGUCGAGAGCACCCGGGGGGUCCUCCCGAGCGACUUGCCGCAGCUGUGGCGGCAGCAACAAAUUGCCCUGGACCCCCCGGAAAAGGAUAUAGACUCGGUCCCCCCGAAAGUGACGACAUGCAGCGGGGCCGGGAAGCUCGCCGACAGGUUUUGGGGGGUUCUGAGAGGGCGCCGAAACGCGGCCGCGUCGCUGCUUGGGGCGGUUGGGGAGCGACGGCCGGUUGUACCGCCGGGAAGAAAGACGCCAGGGUUCCGGACGCAGUUCCUGCUCAUUCUGCUAAGGCUUCUGAAGCAGCAGGUGCGUGACAGCAGCCAGCUGUUGCAAGACUACGUCAUCGUCGCGACUGUGGCCGCCUUCAUGGGCUUGAUUCUUAAGUACUCUGAUAGUUUCCUCGGUGGCUCGACGCUAAUCCAAGAAUCGAUACUGUCUCUUGCGCUGCUGAGCAAGCUGGGCGUGCUGCGGACGUUCGGCGCGGACAAGCUCAACUUUUGGCGCGAGAGUGCGUCUGGUGUGAGCAGGCCCGCCUACUUCCUGGCCAAAGACGCGAGCGACCACGUUCACACCCUGGGCAAGAGCUACGUCUACAUGAGCAUCUUCUACUACUUCAAGAACAUGCGCUCCACGUUCCACGACAACAUCGUGGUCACGCUCGCGCUUUCCUACUGCUGCACCGGGAUCGGCUACGUCCUGUCCAUCGUCUUCAAGCCCGCAUCGGCGCAGCUGAGCGCAGCCAUGACCGCGCUCGUUGCCCUGCUUCUGGGCGGCCGGGAGAACCCCCGGGGGACGGCCGGGGUCUUGGCUAAGGCGAGCUACGCCUACUAUGCCGGCAGGGCCUAUUUCUUGGCCAAUGCAAAAAGGUACUCGGGCGUUUGGCUGCUAACGCGUUGCGCGAUGAUGGAGAAGGCGGGCUUCGGGAUGUCCGACUUUGGAUCCUCCAUCGCCAUUCUAGUUGCCUACGGCUUGCUCGCGCGUGCGGUUGCUUUCAUCGCUCUCGUCACUCUUGACAUUGACAAGCAAGCGUGAUCCUAAAAGGGUGUUGAGUUUCAACCCUAGCGUAUCUUGUCAAGGGUUUGUAUCUGUUCGGAGUUGGCAAUCAGGCGACUUCGAAAGGUGGGGCCUAUAAAAAACUGCAUAGAGUAGCCAGAUCCUUUCGUAAGAGUAUUGCAGUAAAUCUAGCAGCGAGUAUUGUCCGCUGAACUAACGAGAGCAACUGCGCGGUCGUACAUAGUGCGUACCUGUUCAGUGGAAAGAAGAUCGCAGGCUCGACUGAAAUCAAUUGAUAAAAACCGUAGGGUUUGAUUAGAGCGAGCGCAGUAGGACUCCCGCAUCCACUCAUCUUUAUGUGUCUAAGCCGCGGACUCACUAGCUGGCUAGCUCCAGGCAUGUAAGCUGCUACGAAAUCAUAGGCAUAGGUUCUGAACCUUUUGCUUUAGAGAUAUCAGCUUGACCCGUCCUUAACAUCGUAUCUUAGUUGGAAUUUCAUUAGCUAGUAGCUAGCUUGUAUAACUCAGUUCAGGUAUAAUCUGAGCAGCUAGCCACGUUUGUUGGGCUGUUAUAUACUCAGUAGGAAUUUUGUUAAACUGCCAGCCACUCACAUAAUCCACUGACAUAUGUGAAUAAGUCAUAACGCCGCAAAAGUUUGUACUGACUUGGCCAGCCCCAGCGUGUUUGGUCACUUCGG